UAUUCCUUCGCCAAUCCUCCAAUCCUCCCAGUUGCAGCAUGGCUCGUUUGCUUCCAUUACUCCUACUUCUUUUCCUAACCGUACUCCUCUCCCGUCUCCCAUCCCCUUGCGCUUCUCUACCCAUCCGUCUCAACCUCACCCAUAUAAAUUCCAAAUUUUCUAACAUCUCCAUUGAGGAUCGCAACCUUCUUGCAAUUAAGCGCGGCAAGCUCCGCCUGGCAUUCAUUUCUUCAAGGUUAUCGACGUCUUUAGUCGACGUGCAAACCAAUGUCCAGUAUUCUAACCAGGAAUAUUCAGCCGACUUAGCCAUCGGUACCCCGCCCGUUUCCGUCUCCGUCCUCCUCGACACGGGCAGCGAUCUGAUAUGGACCAAGUGCGAGCAAGGCUCUGCUUACAAUCCCUCUGCUUCCUCCACAUACUCUCCUCUCUCCUGUGGCUCCACCUUCUGCCAGAACGAACUUACGUCCUGCUCCGACGGUAGUACAUGCAGCUUUUACUCCCCGUACGGUAGCGCCACGGUUGGCGGAACCAUGGGCGCUGAGACCUUCUCCUUCGGCGGCACAAAUGUACCGAGCUUAGCUUUCGGAUGCAGCAACUCGGAAAUGGGAUCUGCAACGACGAUCUCCGGUCUUUUGGGUAUGGGUGGAGGACAGUUGUCCCUCGUCUCCCAGCUUGGCUCAGAAAAAUUCUCCUACUGCCUCACCCCCUACGACUCACAAUCUACCAGCCCUCUUUUCCUCGGAUCCCUCGCCAACCCCGAUUCCUCUUCUCAAACCACGCCCUUGGGACAAAGCCCUAAUAUUCCAACUUACUACUACCUCUCUCUCCAGGGAAUAACCGUGGGCUCCACUAAGCUCUCCAUCCCAAGCUCCGCGUUCGCGAUUUCAUCCGAUGGCAGCGGAGGGUUAAUCAUCGACUCCGGCACCAGUUUCACAAUGUUGGUCCCGUCCGCAUAUGAUGUUUUGAAGCAAGAGUUUCAGUCACAGAUGGGGUUGCCGGUGGCGUCGGGGAACACAUUUGAUCUCUGCUUCUCGUCUCCUUCCGAUGGUUCUUUUCAGCCGCCAAAGCUUAUAUUUAAUUUUCAGGGUGCUGAUAUGGAUUUGCCGAAAGAAAAUUAUUUGGUUUCUGAUGCGGGAGGCAGCUUGUUGUGCCUGGCUAUAUUGCCGAGCGAUCAAUCUUUAUCCCUCUUUGGCAACUUUCAGCAGCAGAACAUGCAUAUCGUCUAUGAUGUCCAAGGGGGCAACCUCUACUUCGCUCCUGCUCAAUGCGCAAAUUUGUAGACUCUUGCCAUGCCUUUGAGAGGAGUUAAUUCAGUCGUACUUGAUUUAUGUUGUUGUAUUUUAUGCUUCGGGCUAUGUGUCAAUUAUUGCAUACGGAUACCGCAUGCAUCUGUGCAUUCGGUGUCCAAUCAUGACCGUAGAUCACGGUGAUCGACGGUCAUGAUAUAUUUCAGAUUUUUUUUUUUUUUAAAUUUAGGUGAGGUAUCGGAUCACCUGAUCUACGGUCAGAAUCGGACACCGCAUGAUUUUUUUCUUUUUGUGAGUUGUAAUAAUUUUCAUAUUUUUCCUUAAGUAGUAUUGGCUUGGUAUCAUU